GCAUGUUUAGAGUGUGUCGGAUGUGGACUUUGUGCCGAGGGAGUAGAUCAGAUGUAGUAACUCUUGUAUGGCUCGCAUCCACCAAGGAUGUGGAUCGUGUCAUUAGAUGUGCUUUUCGAAAAGUCUGCCGUCACAUUGAAGCAGUCGCGAUCACACGCAGUCAGAGCGUGGUGCCUGCAGGCUGGUAUAGCUUCAUGCCACGUGUAUUUAGCUUCAACAGCCACACGAUACGGUUUCAUCUCCUGCUCACCGAUAACAAACCGUCCCCAGGUACCACCCAUCAGUCACCUUCCAAGUUCGGACCAUCGGCGUUGAGGUUGCUGUCGCGUGUUUGUCCGUGAUCGCAAGUGUGUGGGCUGCCGCAGUUGGCUAUCACCCCCACCCCAGCCCACCAUGCCCUCCAGCGAGGAAGUCAAGCUGCUCGAGGGCGUCGCCGUGCGCCAGCACCGCUUCCGGCUCUCCGUGCCCGCCGCCAACGACGGCGAGCCACUGAGCACGGGCGGCAUGACAGGAACGGUGCGUGUGCCACCUCUCCCCUGGCAGGGCGCGCCGCGACGUGUCUCACGCCCGCAGAUCGUCCCCCCGUCGCACAGGGCCUCCCGGUACAAAGAGAAGUGCGUCGUGACGCGUGCGGUGCGGGAUGUCGCCGGGCUGACGAGCAGUGGUCGCGGUUGCUAGGUUUCACGCGCUGAGGGAGAAGUACACGCGGGUCACAGCUCAACGAGCUACAUUCGAGUCGGAGCUGGACGUCGCCAACGCCAAGCUCGCGAAACUGCAAGCAGAGAACGA